CGACGGCUCAGCGCGGCAGACAUCGAUCGGGCCGCAGCGCGCGAGAAACGCUGCCCCACGCUCGGCAGUGACCGGAACGUCGCGAGCAGCACGCACGCGCCGCGACCAGUCAGCAGCCGUCGCGCAGGGCUGCCCACAGCAAGCACACCCCAGCGCCAGCAGCCGUCGUGCAGGGACAGCACGCCCGUGCCGCGACCAGCCAGCAGCCACAGCAGCCACACCCGUGCCGCGACGAGCCAGCAGCCCUCGUCAAAGAUGAUGGACCCCAUGGCCAACCUCGACAUGGAGAAGAAGAUGGGCUUCGGCAUGAAGGACGUCGACGAAUUCCUCGAGAAGGCGAAAGAAGUAGAACAAAAGAUCAACGACAUCAAGUCCGGGAAGAUUUCGGUGGAGCAAUUGGAGCGGGAGCGCGAACAGGAAGAACGGGAGAAGGCCGAGGCGGCGGCGGCGAAGGCGAAGCGUUUAGCUGACAUCGAACGAAGAAGGAUAGAACGAGAAGCUAAGGAGAAGGUCGAAGAACAUGCAAGGUGGUGGGAGGGCGCCGACGUGCUCUACCCUAUUGAUAAUGAUGAAGUGUUAGAUGAUUCCGUGCAGAACCAUGACGGGGAAACGGCUCAAGAUAUAGCAAUGAGGAAGUACGAAAACGACUACGGGAGGUGGUCGACGUGGACGCCGAGCGACCCCGCUUCACUGGAAGAGCAGCAGGAGUUGGAGCGGAAGAAGACGGAGAAGGAGAACGCGGAAUUUGAAAAAAAUAACAAGGAUUUUUGUGAUAAUUUCAUUGCAGACCAGAAGAAACGGGAAAAAAGUAACGCCAAAAAGGACGAGACGGCCGGUGGGAAACGCUUGAAGGGGAAUCGCUACUUCAAGGCCAAGAAAUUCGACGAGGCCCUCAAGUUAUAUAGAGAAAGUCUGAGUGUGCGGCCGUAUGAAAAGGCUACUUUACUCAAUGUGGCCCAAGUUUACUUGAAAAAAAGAGCAUGGGACGACGCGCUCGAGUUCUGCCAUCGGGCGGUAAGGAUAGGUAGAAGGGGCGGCGCGGACUUCCACGCCAAGGCUUUGUCUCGGAGGGCGACGGCGUAUUCCUCGCGUAAGCAUGCGGGGGAUUUGCGGGAGGCCGUGAAUGACUUGAAAAAGGCCAUGGCACUACUCCAGGAGAGCGAGUCGAAGGCGUCGCAACAAUCCUUGAGUUUGAUAAUGGCGCAGUUCGAGCAGGCGACGCAAGCGUUGCGGGACGAGGCGUCGGAGUCCAUCGUCGAGGAGAAAUUAGAUAAAUUACCACCGCCGCCGCCCAAGAAGACACAGGAGGAGGAGUCGGCCGAGUUACUCAAGCAGCUCCGGGAACUGUCGACGAAGGACGACCCUCUAGGCGAAAUGCUGAAGGGUGACGGCGACGGCGACUCCUUAAGGGCGGUCGAGGAUGCGAUCAAAGAAGCAUGUAGUGAUGAUGCAUUGCCGAAAUUAGCUGGGGCGCUGCGUUCUUCGCCAGACGCGCGCGUGCUGUGUAGGGUCCGGGGCGGCGUUUCCAUGUUAUUAAGGCGGCUCGGCGCCGAAGCGCCGAAGGAUGCGGGCGCCAUCGACCAAAUAGAGACGGGCGGCUUCGAUCUGGAUGAUGCAGUGAAGGUGGACGUGGACGCUCAUACAAGGGAAGUGACGCGCGUCGAGGAAGCCAAGGCGGGCCUCGUCCUGUCCGCUUUGGCGGCGGCGGUGCGCGAGGAGCCCAAGUCCAAGGUUGUGGCUAUCGACGGCGGCGCGCUGGCCAUCGCCGUCAAGUACCUCGCCGACACGUCCGCGGGCUCGGCCGCGGAGGCGCGCGCCGCGGCCUGCGAGCUCUGCGCCGAGCUGGCCGGCGCCGACGGGUCGUCGCCGCAAGCCGUUCAAGCUUUACUGAAAAACGAAGCCAUCCUGGCGCAUUUGUCACGGUGCUGCGGCGCCGGCGCCGCCGCGUUUUCCAGCAAAGCGACCGCGGCCCUCCGCCUACCUAAAGCUGCGGGCGCCGCGCACGCGGCGCGGUGUUUGAGAGAUCUUGCCGCCGUCAACCACGGUCCUCUAUUAUCUGUGGAGCCGUGUGUCGUCGAGACUCUAGGUGCGCUGAUGAGAGGCGCGUCGAAGCUCAAGCCAACCCCACCAGGCGAAGAUCUGUUGGGGGCCAUCGGGAACCCGGAUGUCCUGUGCAGCGCCAUCGCCGGCGAGGCCGUGGGCUACGCUUGUUUUGGAUUGGCCCACCUCGCGAAGGACGACAAAGCCCGGAAACGUUUUGGGGUGGCCGUCACGGGGGACGCGAAGGCGACGCCGAUUGGCGUCUGCGUGGCCGUCGCGGCCGACGCGAAGCAUGCGACGGAUACGCGCGGCGCCGCUUUAGUGGCCGCGGCGAACGCGUGCUUCGCGUGCGCCGAGGCGACCGCGGCGUGCGAGGCGGCCGGCGGCGUCGCCGAGACCUUCAAGCUUCUGAAGUCGACGUGUGAUCAUGAGGUCAAAGCUAGAGCGGCCGGGUUGCUGGCUCGAUUAACAACGGCGCCCGGGUCGCGCGGGGCUGCCACUUUACGGAGCGCGCCGGGCGCGCCCGCGGCGCUGGCGCAGGCCGCGGCGGCGGCUGCCGCGAGGACGGAUCAGUGGGCUUCGAUCGAGCGCGACAACGUCGUGCGCGCGCUGGCCGGCGUGUUGCAGGGCAAGGACACGACGCCGGAGACGAUAAACGAGUUCCUGAAAAGAAAGGGCUACGAGCUCGUCCUUGCGCAAUUGCCGGAGCCGAAGCGCGACCUCGGCGCCAUCACGGCGCAGAGCGUCUGCCAGACGCCGGCGAACCCGCCGUCCGCGAACUGCGCGGGGAACGCGGCGAAGAUCGUCCUGAGCGCGCUGAACUCGUCCGACGCGGAGGUAAGGGGCGCCGUCGCGGACACGUUGAUCAAACGGGAGGGCCUCGAGCGCUUGGUCUGCGCGCUGGCGAACUACAAGGAGAUCACGGUCCGCAAGAACUGCGCCGUCACGCUGGCGAAGGCCAUGGCCGCGCGGCCGGCGGCGAAGGAGCGCGUCCGCGAGCUGCGGGGCAUCGAGAUGAUCACGACGCUGGGGGAUAAGUUGACUUCUUAG